AUGCAGACAAAUAGCGGCAAUUCAGAGCCCCAGCAGAGUACUUCCUCCACGGAGAACGGCGGCAACGGCAACAAUGGCGGCGGAAACAACAAUGAUUGGCCGCCGCCGCCGCCGCCGCCGCCGCGUCACGUCGUCGCGCCGGUUUCAGCCCAGCCGUGGGUGCCGAUGCAAUACCAGCCAGCGGCAAUGGUGAUGCAGCACGGGAUGAUGCCGCCAGCGCUGCAUUACAUGUCCCCGCAGUACGUGCCCUACCACCACCACCACCCACCGCCAGUGGCGCCGCCGCCGCAUGGCGGGCGGAGCAUCGGAGGGGGCUCUAAUGAGGAGAACACCACGAUAUGGGUGGGCGAUCUUUAUGGCUGGAUGGACGAAGAUUAUCUCCGUAACUGCUUUGCUUCCACUGGAGAGGAUAAGGUGUGUGCAUUCAAAUAUUCAAUCACUGAGUGUUGUAUGAGAUUGUUCUGCAGUGGAUAUUCGAAUGGUUUCUCGGCACUGGGUGAUGGAGAUUCUGUGAAUGCAACAAUUUUUGUUGGAGGACUUGACCCUAAUGCUACUGAAGAGGAUCUCAGGCAGCCUUUCUCGCAAUAUGGUGAAAUACUGUCAGUCAAGAUACCAGUUAGAAAAGGAUGUGGUUUUGUUCAAUUUGCUAACAGUCGAGAGCUGAUUUUGGAAACCAAUGGACGGGCGCCUAUUAUGGCCCACCUUUCUUUGACGGAUAUNCAUCACAUCACAUACUUCCACUAA